CUCUCUCUCUCUCCAUUUUCUUCUUCUCUUAGAUCUGUUCCUCUCUUCUUUCGUCUCUUUGGUUCUAUCUUCUUCUUCAGUCUCCAAACAUAAGAAAGGAAGCUCCUUUUCUUUUUCUGUUCUGUCUUCUUUCACUUGGGUUAUAUUUAUUUGGGGUGUGUGGUUAAAGGAGGAAUCAGAAGUUUUUCAGUGAACACCAGAAAGCUUUCAGGAGAGGUUUUUCAAUUUCAAAACGUGGGGGUGGGGGGUUAGGGUUAGGGUUUACAAGUUAUGCGAACAGGUGGUUAUACGAUUCAACAGACACUCACUACAGAGGCUGCUUCUGUCUUGAAGCAAUCUCUCACUUUAGCUCGGAGAAGAGGCCAUGCUCAGGUCACUCCUCUCCAUGUUGCAGCUACAUUAUUGUCAUCAAGGACAAGUCUUUUGAGAAGGGCCUGCAUUAAAUCUCACCCUGGUUUUUCAACUAAUUACCAGUUUGCCCCUUCUCGUCUUCACCAUAACCAAAACCAUCCUCUUCAAUGCAGAGCUCUCGAGCUUUGUUUCAAUGUCGCACUCAACAGGCUUCCCACUGUUCCUGGUCCUAUGUUCCAUGGUCAGCCUUCUCUCGCAAACGCUCUCGUCGCUGCACUCAAAAGAGCUCAAGCUCACCAGAGACGAGGCUGCAUCGAGCAACAACAACAACAGCAAACGCAAACUCAAACGCAGCAGACGCAGUUGCUUGCUGUUAAAGUGGAGCUUGAACAGUUGGUUAUAUCCAUUCUCGAUGACCCGAGUGUGAGUCGGGUCAUGAGGGAAGCUGGAUUUAACAGCACAGCCGUGAAAAACUGUGUCGAGGAUUGCUCCGGCUCCUCCGUCUUCUACGGUGGCUCAGUCGUCGGAGUUUUCUCUUCUCCGAAUUCUCCCGAUCAACAGCAACAACACCACAGCAACAUCAACCGAUUUCACCACUACCAAAACCCUAAAGAUUUCAACUUUAUAAACCCUAGCUUCGCUUUAUGGCAAACUCAUUUCUUAAACCAAUCUCCCGACCAAAACCCACAUUCGAUUUCCUCCUCUUCUCAUCACCAUCAACGCCUUAGAGAAAUCGAUUUGAAACUCGUUGUCGAUGUUCUUCUGAGGAAGAAAACGAAGAAGAAGAAUCCAGUGAUUGUUGGGGACUCGAUUUCAUUCACUGAAGGUUUUGUCUCGGAGCUAAUGGCGAGGAUAGAAAGAGGAGAAAUCGAUCAAAUCGGGGAUUUGAAGCAAACCCAUUUCGUCAAGUUUCAGUUUUCACCAAUGGCGUCAAAGUUUAUGAGGAGAGAAGACGUGGAGACGAACAUGAAGGAGCUAAGGAAGAAAGUCGUCUCUCUCACAACGAGUGGCAAAGAUGUAAUUAUCUUCACUGGUGACUUAAGGUGGACAGUCCAAGAGAUUAACAAUAACAACAACAACAAUGGAGGAACCAAUGAGAUUUCUUCGUCUUACAGUCCUUUGGAUCAUCUUGUUGAGGAAAUUGGGAAGUUAAUCGCUGAAUAUAACGACGAAUUAGACGAUGAUGAUUGUAAAAUGAGGAGGGUUUGGGUAAUGGGAACAGCUUCGUUUCAGACAUACAUGAGGUGUCAAAUGAGACAACCUUCGCUAGAAACACUGUGGGCUCUUCAUCCUGUUUCUGUCCCUUCGUCUGCUAAUCUUGGGUUAAGCCUUCAUGCGACAAGUGGACAUGAGGCAAGGAACAUGAGUAAUGUCAGUGCAACAAAGUCCUUUUCUAGUUAUAAUAAAGCUGAGGAAGAAGAGACAAUAAGCUCUGUUCUAAGUUGUUGUCCUGAGUGUGUUACUAGCUUUGAGAGAGAAGCGAAAGCCCUUAAAGCUAAUCAAGAGAAGCUCUUGCCUUCUUGGCUACAAUCCCAUGAUGGAUACAAUUCUCCACACAAGGAUGAGUUAAUGGGAUUGAGGAGAAAAUGGAAUAGGUUUUGUGAACAUCUACACCAAGAGAGGACGAGUAAUCAGACAGGACAAUCGAGUUUGAUGGGCAAAAACUCUUCAUAUGGCUUGCCUUAUGGAUCAUCAAACGAGUCGUCUUUGAUUGAUUCGUUGGGGUUAAAGCCGAGUCAGCGAGUCACAAACUCGAUUGCCAAAUUCCGACGUCAGAAUUCUUGCACUAUUGAGUUUGAUUUGGGUGGAAACGAAUACGAGAAGGGUGAAUCGAUCAAUGAUGCAGAAGAUGACAACGAAAACGUGAAGAUCACUCUUGAUUUGGGACGUUCACUGUUCCGAUCAGAUUCCAUAACAGAGACGAGGAAGAAGAUGGCUGAUCUGGUCAAAGCUUUGGAGGAGAGUAUUCCAUGGCAAACAGUGACAAUGCGUUUGAUCGCUGAGAGUUUAAUGGAUUGCGUGUUGAAGAAGAAAGAUGGCUGGAUUAUGAUAGAAGGCAGCGACACAGCGUCAAAGAAGAGCAUAGCUCGUACUGUAUCUGAAUCUGUUUUCGGGUCUUUCGAGUCUCUUGUUCAUAUUGACCUUAAGAAGAAAGGCAGCGAGUCAAAGGAAAACUCGGAAAGGCUUCUUGCUUGUGGAUUGGAGAAUCGUGAGAAGGUUGUGUUCUUGAUCGAAGGCAUCGUUUCGGCGGAUUCCCGGUUCGUGAAACUCCUUGCUGAACGGUUUGAGGAGAAUCGCAGGAUCAAAACCGGAACUGAUCAUCAUCGUCAAGCGAUCUUCAUUUUGACAAAGGAAGACAACGCGAGAAACAGAGACUCUGUUUUGCAGAUUGGUUUGGAGAUCACGGGACAGAGUGUGGGGAGAAAGAGAAAACCGGAGUCUGAUUUAUCGGUUAAGGAGGGUAAGAAUUUCAAAGCGGGUGAGAUGGAGAAUGGGUUUUGGAUCAAGAAGGAAGGGUUCUCGAGUUUCAACAGUUCUUAUCUCGAUCUGAACAUAAAAGCUGAAGAAGAAGGAGACAUCAGCCCAAUUACAAGCGAUUUAACUGGAGAGGAAGAGACGGAGAUUUCUUCAAGCGAUUUUCUAAACCGGAUUCAAAACCGGUUUGUCCUAAACCGGCCAUAUCAACAGGGAAUCGAAAAGGCUAUGAUAACGGCGGCUUUCAGGGAGGUAUUCCCGGAGGGGGAAGAAGAAGCUGGGGGUGUUAGGUUUAGUGUGGAGGAGAAGUUAGUGGAGGAGAUUUGCGGCAGUGAUUACGUUCAAAACGGAGCGUUUGAAAGUUGGUUAAAGGAGGUUUUUCAAACUGGGUUACUAACGGUUAAAAAGGGCGGGAAAAAGGAUACGGGUGUAAUUAGGAUGGUGUUUGGGGGUAUAGUUGACAACAACAAACAAUAUGGUGGGGGUGUUGGUGGGUACAUGGGUACAUGUCUUCCGAACAAAGUCCAAGUUUCCAAGUUCGAAUAGAUCUUUCGGUUAAUUUCUUUCGUUUUUUCGUUUAUUUUACUUUUGAAUGUAAAAUUUCCAUUACUAAUGUGGGGGUUUGACUGGUGUAA